AUGUUUUAUUACCUUCAUCCUAGCCUUUUCUUCGUUUCUUCUUCUUCUUCUUCUUCUUCUUCUUCUUCUUCUUUAUCUAUCUAUCUAUCUAUCUAUCUAUCUAUCUAUCUAUCUAUAAAUUCGAUUAUGGAUUUGAAUAGAAACAAUGUCAAUCAGCAUGUAUCUAUCUAUCUAUCUAUCUAUCUAUCUAUCUAUCUAUCUAUCUAUCUAUCUAUCUAUCUAUCUAAUCUUACCCUUUUUUGUCCUAUUCUCUUGAUCAUUGUUUUCAUUCUUUCUCGUUCUUUUACUUCAACAUUACAACAUUAUCCAUUCCAACCGGCAGCAAAGGUUUACAUUCUUCUAAGUGGAUAUUUAUUCAGCGUUUGCUCGCGGGCAACUGGCAUACGGCCGGUUAUCCUCGAUUCUUUUCAAAACCCUCGAACCACAGGAUCCAUUGCCAAUGCUGUCACCGAAGAGAGUGACAACCCUGCCUACUUUAUUGUUUACAGCCAACUCGUCAUUUAUGCCAUUCAAAUAUUUUUACUUGUUACAUUAUUUUUUUCUUUCUUUCUUUCUUUCUUUCUUUCUUUCUUUCUUUCUUAUGUCUUUCGAUACCCUUUCCUCGUGUUUGCUCAAUUUUCUUCAACCUUUUUUUAUUCAGACUCUUUCUUCAUUUUUCUACUUGGUAUCCCUUUUCUCUUCUUCGCUUUUUCUUUCUAA